AGGAGCACACAGAGCGGUGGGCUAGUAAUCAGAGAGGCAGUCCAGUCACUGAGGCAGUAGAUUCACCACCAGCCGAGUUCACAACAAGGCUGAGAAGAGGAGAAGCACUCCUCCUCACCAUCGUUUCCCCUGAAAGAGGAGGCUUUUGUGAGUUUGACAGUGAGAUUGACAUCAGGAGAUAAAAGAGGAGAGGGAAAAGGAAAGCUGAGAAGAACUGCUCUUUUUUUUUACCCGAUAACCAUGCUGCUCCUGGACGAAUCAGAGUCAUUUGCAGACCAGUCCCACAGCGCCCCCUUCAGCUCCGAGAAUGAGGCUCAGGGAGGCGACUCGGCCGCAUGGCAGUGUACCCCUCCCCCAUCUACCUCACCUUCGGGGGAAUCCGCGGCCCAUCCUCCUCCCUCCCAGCCUGAGUCCAGAUCCCGCUCAAGGCCGGCCAGCCAAAGCCCCACCCCUCCCGCCGCCCUGACAGGAACCAAGAAAAGGAGCUCCAAACCGGCACACAUGAGACGCAACAUCAGGAAGCUACUGAGGGAGCAUCAGUUGGAGGCAGGGACCAAAGCCGCCCAGCAGGACGAGUUGGAGAGAAGGCUACGUCUGGAGCAGCAGAGCAAACAGGAUUUCCCCGUACCACUGCUGCCUGAAUACACAACUGGUGAUGUGCCAAAGCAUGUGUCGUCGUCAUCGGCGGCAUCAACAGCGUCGCAGCAGAAAGUGAAGUCGGUCCGACAGGAAGUGAUCUGCCUGGACUCCAGCAGCACCGGCAUCAGCGAGGACGACAGCAAGACUAACGAACCCGCCUCCGCUUCCGCAGAGCGCUCGCACAAAACAGAUGUGAUAGAUCUGAGCUCGGGCGAAGACGACACCAUCGUCCAAGUCAGCACCAUCGAGGAAGAAGGGAGCGAGCAGAGCUGCGAGCACGCCAAUGACACCCUUAACCAACCGGACCCUCAGGGCAGGGUGCUGGUCAACUUGAGCCAUCCGACUGCUGAAAAGGACAUUUUCCUGUUGCCUCAGCUGGCGCGAGCAGUCAAACCUCACCAGAUCGGUGGGAUUCGUUUCCUGUACGACAACCUUGUGGAGUCGGUGGAGCGCUUCGGAAGCAGCAGCGGGUUCGGCUGCAUCCUGGCUCACAGCAUGGGCCUGGGCAAAACGCUGCAGGUCAUCUCCUUCAUCGACGUCCUGUUCAGACACACCCAGGCUCACACCGUCCUCGCCAUCGUACCUGUGAACACGCUGCAGAACUGGCUGUCAGAGUUCAACAUGUGGGUCCCUCCCCCGGAGGCCUUACCUCCAGAUAUCGACCCGGAACUGGUGACUCCUCGUGCCUUUAAGGUUCACAUCCUCAACGACGAACACAAGAACACAGCAACCAGGGCCAAGGUGGUGGAGGAUUGGGCUCAGGAAGGAGGGGUGCUGCUGAUGGGCUACGAGAUGUACCGCCUCCUGUCGCUGAAAAAGAGCUUUGUGGCUGGGAGGAAAAAGAAGAGCAAGAAAACCACCGGACCUGUCGUCAUCGACCUGGAUGAAGAGGACAGGCAGCAGGAACUGCUCACAGGUAUCGAGAAAGCCUUGGCCCGGCCCGGUCCAGAUGUGGUGAUUUGUGACGAAGGCCAUCGCAUCAAGAACUGCCACGCCAGCACGUCGCAGGCUCUGAAGAACAUCCAAACCAGACGCCGCGUGGUGCUGACCGGCUAUCCGCUCCAGAACAACCUGAUCGAGUACUGGUGCAUGGUCGACUUUGUCCGACCCGACUUCCUAGGUACCCGACAGGAGUUCAGUAACAUGUUUGAGCGUCCCAUUCUGAACGGGCAGUGUGUGGACAGCACGCCUCAGGACGUCCAGCUGAUGAGGUACAGGAGCCACGUCCUGCACAGCCUGCUGGAGGGCUUCGUAGAGAGGCGAGGUCAUGACGUCCUGAAGGACCAGCUGCCCUCCAAAGAGGAACAUGUGAUCCUGGUGCGUCUGUCCCCCCUGCAGAGGGCGCUCUACACAGAGUUCAUGAACCGGUUCAGAGAGGCAGGAAACUCCGGCUGGCUCAGCCUCAACCCGCUGAAGGCUUUCUGCGUCUGCUGCAAGAUUUGGAACCAUCCAGACGUGCUGUAUGAGGCCUUACAGAAGGAGAACCUGGCCAGUGACCAGGACUUAGACCUUGAUGACAUCACUUCCACAGGUCUCGCCCGAUGUCCAACCGCACCCAGUCAAAAGCCCAAGCCCCUUGAGAACCCCAACCCCAUUGGUGGACUCAGUCUUAACCAGCUGCAGGAGAAAGCCAAUCAGGUCAUCACUUACGAAUGGGCGAAGGACAUCCUGUAUGACUACAAGCCCGGCAUCCUGGAGAACUCUGCAAAAAUGGUGCUGCUGUUCCAUCUGAUGGAGGAGAGCGUCAGGAAGGGAGACAAAAUCCUCGUCUUCAGUCAGAGUCUGUCCACACUGACAGUGAUUGAGGAUUUUCUGGCUAAGAGACCCGUGCCUCCAUCGCCCAACAAGUCGAGCAAGGACAGACCCAACCAGAACUGGGUCCGAAACCUCAACUACUACAGACUGGAUGGAAGCACAACGGCCUCAGAGAGAGAGAGGCUUAUAAACCAGUUCAACGAUCCAUCCAACACCUCAGUGUGGGUUUUCCUGCUGUCAACUAGGGCUGGUUGUCUAGGAGUAAACCUGAUCGGGGCGAACCGCGUGGUGGUGUUCGACGCCUCCUGGAACCCGUGCCAUGACGCCCAGGCCGUGUGCCGCGUCUACCGCUAUGGUCAGAGGAAGCCGUGUCAUAUAUACCGGCUGGUGUGCGACUUCACGCUGGAGAAGAAGAUCUAUGACCGCCAGAUCUCUAAACAGGGCAUGUCAGACCGGGUGGUGGAUGACCUGAACCCUGUGCUGAACUUCACCAGAAGGGAAGUGGAGUCUCUCCUUCACUUCGUGGAGGAGGAGCCGGACCCCUCCCAGGUCCAGCUGCAGCCCCACGACAGCAUGGAGAGCGUCCUCCGGAAGGCUCUGCACCUCUAUCCCCGACAGAUUACUAAGCAACCAUUCCCCCACGAGUCCCUGCUGAUAGACCGCAGGGAGCUGAAGCUGACCAAGGCGGAGAAGAAAGCAGCAAAGAAAGGUUACGAAGAGGAGAAGAGGGCAUCUGUGCCAUACACCCGCCCUUCCUACGCCCACUACUACCCUGCCAGCGACCAGAGCCUCACCAACAUCCCCGCCUUCAGUCAGAGAAACUGGCGCCCACCUCCUCGAUCUGAAGAGAAGCCAGUCGCCAGUGUCAGGCCAGUCCAGUCAACUCCAGUUCCCAUGAUGCCUCGGCAGGCGACUGCAAAGUCAGAUCCAAGCAACGACUCAUCUGGAUCCAGCAUCGGAGGCUUUCCUGUCAACUGCCUGCAAAAAGCCGGGGUGUUUGUACAGAGGAUCGUCACCACUACUGACAUAGUAAUUCCAGGCACCAACAGCUCAACUGAUGUCCAGGCCAGGAUCACCGCUGGAGAGAGCAUCCACGUCAUCAGGGGCACCAAAGGGACCUACAUCAGGUCGUCUGAUGGUCGAAUCUUUGCCAUCAGAGCGGCUAAUAAGGCCAAGACUGCAGAGGAGAGAACGACAGCGCCACCCGAAGACUCUCAGGCCCUACCAGAGGAAGUGGCAACCAAUGGCAGCAACGGUUGCCUGUCGCCUGACAGGAAGCAGCAGCCCCCACCUCUUUCACCUGACAGCCCGGAGAUCAUCAGCGAGUUGCAGCGCUACACGGGUGGCACAGCAGCCGGCACCGCCUUAGCCUCCGGAUCUCCACCAGAGAGGACAGCGGAGGGCAACGUGAACAACCUGCCUUCCACCAAACUGGCUCAGACCAAUGGGAGCAGUUUUGCAACUGGCAAUCGGAGCCACCAUGAUGCCUCUGUGACUAAUGUAAUCCAGCCCGACAUGGAUGCCACUUCAGCCCAAGACCUUAGAACAGGCUCCAAGCGUAAAGCCUCCACCCUGUCCCCGGAUGAGCUGCCCAGUAAGCAGCCCUCUGCAGGCAAACACUCCUCAGCCCCUCUGGCCACACAAGGCUUCCCCUUCAGCGGGGGCUACGGCCUCCCUCCUCUGGCUCUCAACCCUGCCAUGUUGGGUGGGUCACUGGGGCACCCUCUCUUCAUGGGGGCAGGCUCGCCUUACUUCCAGCCCCCCCACGCUCAGCUGAGGGACCCCAGUUACAUGUACCCAGACCUGUACGGCUUCGGCAGAGCCAGCACAGUCCCCACCUCCUCCUCCUCCUCCUCCUGCUCCACAACAACCACCGCGGCUGCCGUCUCAUCGUCCUCAUCCUCUUCUGCAUCGCUCCAAGCUGCCAGUUCAGUCCCAGGAGCCCUGCCGCCGUUCAUGCUGAGCCCCAGCAUGGUGGGCAUGGCUGGGAUGCUCUCGCCAGGCUUCCCUCUCUCCUACAGUCAUUCUCUGGCUAGCCUCUACACGGGGUCGAUGCUCCCCGGUGGGCUGCCGGGUCCAGCCGCCACCCCUGGACCAGCUGGAGCCAGCUUCCUCUCCCAGUACCCUCCCACUGCUGCCUCCAGUUCCUCCUCAUCUUCUCCGUCCUCCUUCUCCCCUUCAGCGCGGUCUGAGGGCCGCCGGGGCACGGUGCUGAUGAACGGCGGGAAUGUGAGCAGUGGCAGCAGCUCGGAUGAUGACGAUGAUGUGAUUGAGGUGAGGGGACAGUGACAGACGAAGGAUGCGGUUGUUUGAGCGAGCUUGAUUCAAUUUAAAAAUCAUCAAAAUGGGAUGACAUCCUGUUUGCCGGGAGGCAGGCUUUCGAAAGGCCGGGGCCAUGAGGGAAAUGGACAAAAAAUGAAAGACGAUUAAAGUUAUGACAUCUGAGCCCCUGCUGAAGUGUUUCCUCUGGUCGUCUCUACUGCCUUCGGAGAAACAGUCUGAAUGGACACAGAGCGACAAAUCUUAAUGCUGAAUAUCAGAAAAAAAAGCUCCAGACGGAAGAAGAAAAUGAAAAUCAGAAGACUUUGGGCUUCCAAGUUACUGUCCAAAACUGGCAUUGAAAUACUUAUCACUGGACUUAGAACUGCUGAGCUUGGGCCUGCAGUGACCACAAAUGGCCACUAGUUGUAGUGUUGAUGUUAGAGACUCUAGUUCUGCAGCUUUGCUAAAUGUCGACUCUUUGCUUUUUUCAGCUAAUUAAAAAGAUGACCUAGGGUGGACCUGCUUAUGAAAAAGGGGGGGUUGAUAGUUGAGUUAGCUGGUAGUAAAAUUUGUUAAAUAUCAGUAACUGAAAUGGUAUUGUUUGUCAGUCUUCAAAUAUUGCUACUGAAUAUUUCUUCAAAUGGUAAAAAGAAAAGUACUUUUAAAUAGCGUUUUGAUUGAACUUAAUGAUUCACUGCCAGGACAGGGGUAUUGUAAGUUUUUGUUAUUAAAGAAGUAAAAAAGAAGUGGGAUCAGAGGCAGUUGAGGCUUGUUGAGGAUGAGGUUAAAGACAAUAACUGAAACCUUAAAUUUCUAAUGAAAGAAUGUAUGCGUAAUCAAAUGCCUUUAAAGCAGGCCUUUUUCAUAAGACACCUUCUAUUAAGGCAUCAGACGUGGGAAAAUCAGAUUUUUCUUUUCUAUUCUUUUUUGCAUUUUAUAUUUACUUUUCAAAGAAAAAUCAUUGCCUAAAAACAGCCAGGUGAAAAUGAGAACAAAAAACUGUGUUCUUGUGAGGUUUCCUCCUCGUAGCGGAGAAACAACCAACAGAAAAUGCCUUUUUGCCUCCAUCUUUCUGAAUGUUAACUGUGAGAGAGGAGAGGUAGAGAGAGACAGGCGGUCACUGCGGCUCUCUGAAUCUCACCCACAGUCUUACUGUAGCCUAGCGAAAUGCGAUGCAAAACACUCACUCAAGCCUAUAUACUGUUUGUAUUCGUACAACCCCGAGACGAAUUAAUCUUGCAAACCCCAGUUUUAGUUACACUUGUGUCGUAACUGUGUCCGUAUCUGUGUGUUGUGUUCUUAAGGGUUACAAAAGGAAUCAUUUAAAAGAAGAAAAAAAAGUAACUCUUGUUGCUCUGUUUGGUUACUUGUUCUGACGACAGCACAGAUUCCACCUCUGGUCUGAUGAUUUGUAUUUUUCUCUCUGUCUCAUCUCAUUUUGUGAACAGAAGUCAUUGUGAAACCAAACUGUUUUCUUUUUUUUUUUUUUUUUUGGGAGAGAGACGAUGUAGCUUUGCCAAAAGUGAGAAAUGCAGCAUCACAUCAAAGAGGAUCGUUUCUUAAGAGACCGAAUAAUGUGGAGAAGAUUUGAACUCCAUCGCAGCACCAUGCUCUCUCUACAGCAUCCUCACAGUCGAGAAGUACAUAUCCAUCCGUCUGUAUGACCUUGCAGGUAACACUGUACACUGUACUGCACUGUAAAAGAGACGCACACCUGAAUGUGUCGUCCGUAGACUGGUUUGAAGCUUCAUGUGACCAAGUUCCCUUUUGAUUAACCAUAAAACCAUCGUUCUGCUGUUCCAACUGAUCCCCUCUGAUCACACAAACUGAUCUACUAUGGUCUGCACUGUUCUUGUGUGGGGAAAUCUUCUUCCUCCAAAAUGGCUGCAGCAAGAGCUUUAAAAACCCACCAGCUCUUUGGUUGAAAAAGAAAUUCUUAACAUCGUCAGGUGAAGACUGAUCAUUUCCCGUUCUUUCUCUUCCAUGUAACGUUAAGUUUACUUUUGUAAAAUGUUUUGUUCUCUUCUUUUGACAAUGUUUGAAUUUACCAAAUGUAUUUAUUCAUGAUGGUGCAUAUUUAUUCAUUUUUAUAUUUGUACAAUGUUUGGUUUUCCUUUUUUGUUGCUUUUCUUCAUCUUGUUUGUGAGAUUUGUACGGUCAUAUUACUAUCGUUACUACAGAUGGAAAUCACUUUGGUUUCUUGUGAUUUUUUUCUAUUUUCUUUUUUUUUUGUACGUGACCAUCUGUGAGUCUAACCCAGCACAUGUGAACUUGCAUGUGGACCAACCAAUUAGUGCGCUACUGUGCCCAUUAAAAGCCAGGGUAGCAUUAAUUAUCAUAUCCCAUCUGUGAUAAGUCUGAUCAGCUCUUGAUUAUGAGAAACCAUCGGGAAUACAUUGAUCUUAACGUGAUACUGAGCUGUGAGCUUGAAACCUUUCUCAUCUGUAUGAGCUCAGAUUCCUUCACCGGAAUGUCCUGCCUGUUCACAUUUGGGAUUCAAAUCUUGAGUAUGUAGUAACAAGAGCCCUUUGUGUUCAUGCAAACGAAGCUCAUUCACAAGUAAUGGGUUAGAAACUGAAGCAGUCCAACCACUCAUCAUCUGUAAAGAAAGACAAUAAUGAUAUCAAGUCUUUUUCUGUCUUUGUUUUCCGUGGUUCAGUACCAUAUCACCAGAAAUGUCCAUGUGUGUCGAUGGCAUACGAGCGAGUUUCCUCAGUGUUGAAUUGUUUGGUUGUCAGCGUUGACUGACUGCUCUUUUAUUUCACAGCUUUCUACUUGAAUUUACAUAUUUAUUUAUACAAAUCGGACAAGCCGAGCCGACUGUCUGAAUUCCAUUUUAGCCGAGGAGUAGAUUAAAGCUGCUGUCUUUGAGGAUCGGCUCUAGUCAAAGCCUGUUGUGUCGUUUAUCGGUGGAUAAUGUGUAUGACCUUGGAUUACUUUU